GCGUCGUGUCGCGCGUCCCACGCUCGGCGGGUCGUGCCUCCUCCCCCUCUCGACGCGCCACCCCGUCCCCGUCCGCCCGUCGAGCCGUGAUGAAUUCGGCCGACACCAAGGCCCGGUUCGAGGCCUACAACCGGCUGCAGGCGGCGGCCAUGGCGUUCGGGGAGAAGCUCCCGAUUCCGGAGAUAGUGGCGAUAGGGGGCCAGUCAAACGGCAAGAGCUCGCUCCUGGAGGCGCUCCUCGGCUUCCGCUUCAACGUCCAAGAGGUCGAGAUGGGCACCCGCCGCCCCCUCGUCCUCCAGAUGGUCCACGACCCCACCGCCCUCGAUCCCCGCUCCCGCUUCCAGGAGGAGGACUCGAAGGAGUACGGCCACCCCAUGGUGCAGGUCGCGGCCAUAGCCGACCUCAUCAAGCAGCGCACCGAGUCGCACCUCCGGACGAUCAAGGCCGCCGCCUCGCCCAAGCCCAUCGUCAUGAGGGCCGAGUACGCCCACUGCCCCAACCUCACUAUCAUCGAUACCCCAGGUUUCGUGCUUAAGGCUAAGAAAGCUGAGCCGAAGAGGACGCCUGAGGAGAUCCUAUCGAUGGUGAAGACACUAGCGAGCCCGCCCCACCGCCUCAUUCUGUUCCUCCAGCAGAGCAGCGUCGAGUGGUCGCGGCGGCCCACACAACGGUGGGGAUCAGGCGCAGGGAAUUUCUCAACAUAUACCAACCAUAUUGAUAAUUCAGAGAUGUCAACGCAGUCAUGUGAGAUACAGCCCUAUGCAUAUGUACCUGACGGUCCAGUCGAACCUUAUCAACCUUCUUGGUCGAUGAAUUUGGGAUACUAUCACGACUCCACAGAAGAUUUGACUCCCCAGUAUGAUAAUCAUGCGUUCGAAUCUGGUGAAUAUGGAGGCAUGGCAAGCAUAUUCUCGUCUUCCUCGUAUCCUGAGCAAGUAGAAGUUUAUGAGCAAUCUUAUGGUGAUGAGUAUGUCUCCUUGGAACAAAAUUUCCAGAGCAACUGGAAUGCUUUUUUUGAAGAUACCUCUGGAAUCACUAAAUUAGUAGAUAUUGAUGUGCUGCGACACUUGCAUGAUGGUGUGAAAGGGGGUUUCAAUGAAGACAAGUUUGCUCCGUACAUUGGGUUUAGCUGUCUCAGGAAGUAUUUGGAGUCUGAACUUCAGAAGAGGUACAAAGAAGCAGCUCCAGCCACCCUAGCAUUGUUGGAGCAGAGAUGCAGUGAUGUCUCGAUGGACCUAUCCAGACUGGACUCCAAACUGCAAGCAACCUCUGACGUCUCUCAGCUGAGAAGAUCGGCAAUGCUUCAUGUUGCUUCUAUCUGCACCCAUUUGCGUGCAUUACUUGAUGGAGCAGUUGAUCCAGCCCCAGAGGUGUGGGGAAAAACUACUGAAGAGGAGCAAAUUCACAGUGGUAUUAACAGCUGGCCUAGCACCAGCGUUCCUGUAAAACCUCCCAACUCCAGCCUUAAGCUGUAUGGUGGUGCGGCUUUUGAGAGAGUAAUGCACGAAUUCCGCUCUGCGACAUAUUCCAUGGAGUGCCCACAGGUGUCAAGAGAGAAGGUUGCGAACAUAUUACUUGCCCAUGCUGGAAGAGGUGGAAGCAGUGGGAUGACUGAGGCAGCUGCUGAGAUAGCACGCGCGGCUGCACGAUCAUGGCUUGCUCCUCGUACUGAAACUACAUGUGAUCGGCUUGCAUUUGUCCUGCAAAGCUUAUUUGACCUUGCAAUGGAGCGCAGCCGCACUGAUGAUUCAAGAUGUAAGACUUGGCAUUUUUAUUUUGCUGGGGUUCAUCUUGCUUCUAGCCUUAUUUAUUAG